AUGGCAUUGAAGAAGGUUUCGAAGUUUCCUUCAGAUACUAAAAGUAUUAGCGAAAAUGUGGCUAAGUUUCAUAGGAACUCAUCCGGUUCCAAUUAUAAGAAGACUAAAGAUAAGAAGCUUAGAGCGGGCCUAAAACGAAUUGAUGAUCAGUAUAAGGAUGCUGUUGCUACUGCGGCAGCAACAGACUAUCUGUUGCCUGAAUCUCAAGGUUAUUUGGAAGCGGAAGAUGAGAUGGAAAAGACAUUUAAAGUUAGUCAAGCCGAGAUAAAGCAGAGUGUGGAUGUCACUACGGCUAACAAGGCAUUGGAUCUUAAGCUAAACGAUUUUGGGCCUUAUCAGAUUAGCUAUUCAAAAAAUGGUACUCAUUUGCUAAUAGCUGGUCGCAAGGGGCAUAUUGUCUCUUUUGAUUGGAGAAAAGGUGAACUACGUGCUGAAUUACAUCUCCAAGAGACCGCUACGGCAGCGACUUACCUACAAAAUGAGCAAUACUUCGCGGUUGCGCAGAAGAAAUAUACAUUCAUAUACGAUCACGAAGGCACUGAACUUCAUCGUUUAAAGCAGCAUAUUGAGGUAAAGCACAUGGAAUAUUUGCCCUUUCAUUAUCUACUUGCUACAGCGGGCCAGACUGGGUUUCUAAAAUAUCAGGAUGUCUCGACUGGUCAAUUAGUUGCUGAAAUAAGAACUAAACUGGGGCCUACAAUCUCUAUGGCACAAAAUCCGUGGAAUGCAGUAGUUCAUCUAGGUCACAGUAAUGGUACUGUCACUCUAUGGGCUCCUAAUAUGUCGACUCCGCUAGUUAGGUUGCUGUCUGCCAGGGGACCAGUAACCAGUAUGGCUAUUGAUAGAACGGGAUAUUAUAUGGCUACUACAGGUGCUGAUAAAUCUUUGAAAAUUUGGGAUAUCAGAAAUUUCAAAGAGUUGCAUUCCGUUGAAAAUCUGCCAACUCCAGGUAUGAAUGUUAGGAUAUCAGAUACUGGAUUGCUAGCUGUGAGUAGAGGCCCUCAUGUGACAUUAUGGAAAGAUUCCCUGAAGCAUGGUUCUUCAAAUAGACCAUACUUUACAUCUAGUGGUCUAAAGAACAGAAACACACCCUAUAUGUCUCAUAUAUUCGAAGGGAACAAGGUCAAUAGUAUUGAAUUUGUUCCAUUUGAAGACUUACUCGGAGUUGGGCAUCAAAAAGGAGUUACAAAUCUAAUUAUUCCAGGUGCUGGUGAGGCCAAUUACGACGCUUUGGAAAUCAACCCAUACGAGACUGUAAAACAAAGAAAAGAACAAGAGGUUAGAUCCUUGAUGAACAAAUUACCUGCAGAUUCCAUUGCGUUGGAUCCAAAUGUCAUCGGUACUGUGGACAAUCGUGCUUCCCACCUGAGACUUACAGCCAAGGAUUUGACUGAGGUUACUGUUCAGGAAACAAAUAAAUCUAAGACAAACAGCGAUAUUCCACAAGUUAAUCCUGAUAUCAAAAGUAAGAACUCUGGGUUACGUACCUUCCUUCGUAAGAAAACUCAAAAUGUUAUUGAUGAAAGGAAAUUGAGAGUUCAGAAGCAACUACAGCGGGAAAAAGAAGGUCGUCAGAGAAGGUUGAAUAUCACCAGAGGAGAAAUCGCCGAAGAUGACAAAGACUUUGUUGACGAAGCAUUAGGGAGGUUUAGUUGA